UCGCUGUGCUGAGCGGAAGAGGAGGAGGAGGAGGAGAGGGAGGAGGAGGAGGAGGAGGAGGAGAGGGAGGAGGAUGGCGCUGGGGACGGCCGCAGCGCUGUAGCAGGAGGCGGCGCGGACACGCGUGGAUGUGGGCUCCGGCCGCUGAGGUCUAAUAGUACAAUGUCAACUGGAAGGGUACGAACAAAGAAGAAGACAUGUUCUUCAGACCAGUCUCCAGACAACCUUCCUCUGAGGAGUUCUGGAAGACAGGUGAAGAAGAAAGCGGCUGAGGCAGCAGAUGAUGACGACGACGCGUCAGAGAAGAAAUAUAGGAAGUGUGAAAAAGCUGGAUGCACCGCAACAUGUCCCGUUUGCUUUGCCAGUGCAGCUGAAAGAUGUGCUAAAAAUGGUUAUACAUCGAGAUGGUAUCAUCUUUCCUGUGGGGAACACUUCUGCAAUGAAUGCUUUGACCACUAUUACCGAAGCCAUAAAGAUGGUUAUGAGAAAUAUACCGCCUGGAAAAGGAUUUGGACAAGUAAUGGUAAAAGCGAGCCCAGUCCAAAAGCCUUCAUGGCUGAUCAACAGCUUCCUUACUGGGUGCAGUGCACGAAGCCAGAAUGUGGUAAAUGGCGUCAGCUGACAAAGGAAAUCCAGCUGACACCACAGAUAGCAAAAACAUACAGAUGUGGUAUGAAACUAAACAAUUCCACCAAGACGGAGGGCUCAGACCAGUGUUCCAUGCCUGAGGACUUGAGAGUGGCUGAAGUUUCAGACCAUUGGUGGUACUCCAUGCUCAUACUCCCUCCUUUGCUGAAAGACAGUGUGGCAGCUCCCUUUCUAGCUGCAUAUUAUCCAGACUGCGUGGGCAUGAGUCCAUCCUGUACCAGCACUAAUCGUUUACCUGGUGAAUCCAACCUUGUGAAGUUAGAGCACCUAAAGAGCGUGCCUAAUUUGACUGUUGCAGGAAUGAACAAAUAUUUCCAGCCUUUUUACCAGCCCAAUGAAUGUGGGAAAGCACUUUGUGUGAGGCCGGAUGUCAUGGAACUGGAUGAGCUCUAUGAGUUCCCAGAAUAUUCACGAGACCCAACCAUGUAUUUGGCCUUGAGAAACCUAAUUUUGGCUCUGUGGUACACAAACUGCAAGGAGGCUCUCACCCCUCAAAAAUGUAUCCAUCAUAUCAUUGUACGGGGGCUUGUGCGUAUUCGCUGUGUACAGGAAAUGGAAAGGAUACUUUAUUUUAUGACAAGGAAGGGACUAAUUAAUACAGGGAUUUUAUCAGUCAGUCCUGACCAGUAUCUUCUUCCUAAAGAAUACCACAAUAAAUCUGUCAUUAUUGUUGGGGCUGGUGCAGCAGGAUUAGCAGCAGCCCGACAACUGCACAACUUUGGAAUUAAGGUCAUUGUCUUAGAAGCUAAAGACAGAAUUGGUGGCCGAGUGUGGGAUGAUAAGACGUUCACGGGAGUCACCGUUGGAAGAGGCGCCCAAAUCGUCAAUGGAUGUGUCAACAACCCAAUGGCACUAAUGUGUGAGCAACUUGGCAUUAAAAUGCACAAACUAGGGGAGAAAUGUGACUUGAUCCAGGAAGGUGGAAGGAUAACAGAUCCCACUAUUGAUAAACGUAUGGACUUUCAUUUCAAUGCCAUCCUAGAUGUUGUCUCUGAGUGGAGAAAAGAUAAAACCCAACAUCAAGAUGUUCCUCUUGGUGAGAAAAUACAGGAGAUCUAUAAAGCCUUCGUUCAGGAGUCUGGUAUCCAGUUCAGUGAGCUGGAAGAAAAAGUCCUACAGUUCCAUCUCAGUAACUUGGAGUAUGCCUGUGGCAGCAAUCUCUCUCAGGUAUCUGCACGCUCGUGGGACCAUAACGAAUUUUUUGCCCAGUUUGCUGGAGAUCACACUCUUCUAACUGUGGGGUAUUCUACAGUGAUUGAUACACUGGCAGAAGGACUGGACAUCCGGUUGAAUUUCCCAGUACAGAGCAUUGACUAUUCUGGUGAAGAAGUACAGGUCACUACUGCAGAAGGAACAGUGUGGAGAACCCAAAAGGUAUUAGUGACCGUACCACUGGCCCUUCUUCAGAAAAAUGCCAUUCAGUUUAAUCCUCCACUGUCAGAAAAAAAAAUUAAAGCUAUUAACAGUUUGGGAGCAGGAGUCAUUGAGAAGAUCGCCUUGCAGUUUCCUUAUAGAUUUUGGGACAGUAAAAUUCAAGGAGCUGAUUUUUUUGGCCACGUUCCACCCAAUUCCAGCCAACGUGGACUUUUUAGCGUCUUCUAUGACAUGGAUCCAGAGGGCAAACAAAGCAUUUUAAUGUCAGUGGUCACUGGAGAUGCUGUGACAACCAUUAAGAAUUUAGAUGAUAAACAAGUACUGCAGCAGUGUAUGACUGUACUUCGAGAGCUGUUUAAGGAGCAGGAGGUUCCAGACCCAGUAAAGUUUUUUGUUACUCGAUGGAGCAAAGAUCCAUGGCUCCAGAUGGCAUACAGCUUCGUAAGAACAGGAGGCAGCGGUGAAGCUUAUGACAUUAUAGCUGAAGACAUACAAGGAAAAGUUUUUUUUGCUGGUGAGGCCACGAACAGGCACUUUCCUCAGACCGUUACAGGAGCUUACUUGAGUGGGGUUCGAGAAGCGAGCAAAAUAGCAGCAUUUUAAGUACUGAAAUUUUGUGGUUAUAGAUAUAUCUUAAAUUGUUUUCUGUGGAUAAAACUAUCUUCAAGUUUCCUAUUUGCUGUCUUUUUUCUAAAUGGUACUUUAAUAGCAUAUGGUACCUGAAGAUAAAAUCUUCAUCUUCCUUUUCCUAUUUUGUUGUUGCUUCCCCUUUCCAAGCCCUAACAAUACUUACUGUUGGGGUUAUUUUUUCUUUCCAGCUAAGAUAUUACUAGCAAGAGUGACAUUGGAGUCCCUGGCCACAGCUUAAUUAACAGAACUUCUGUUGUGAGUCCUUUUCUGUGUGGCUCAAGUCACGCUAUUGCAGAUCUUCAUUUCAGAAGGUCAGAUUAAAACAAGACUAAGUUAACAUACAGCAUUAAAAAUGCUGGCAGUUAGUAACGAGAAUACAAGUUUUCCACUAACUGUGCUUCUCAGGUGAAUUAUGCUCAGAGGAGUUCAAACUUGCUCCCAAAAACCUGAAUAACCUAGACAAAUUCUAGAAUUACUGUAGGAAUGAACUCAACUAUCAUUCUUUCCACUUGUAAUCAAUAACCUCUUCUACAGUAUUUUUUCAGUUUCUUAGCCUCCAACACUUAGGCUUUGGAAUAUCAAGUUUGUUUAAAUCAGACUGCUGGAACAGUUUACAGUGCAAUCAUAGUAAGGUUAUUAUACCUUAUAAAAACUUGAAAGGAAAAAUAAACUUUUACAUAAUUUUAAAAACUUCUUUUAAAUAUUCUCCCUGUUUUACUCAGAGAAAUCCUUGUUACGAUAGGGUAAGUUUAGAUUUCCUUAGUGCUUCUGAUCAUUUAGAAAUAGGACAUCUUAAAAAUAUUAUAUUUCUAUAAUAAUUUUGAAAACAAAACUCCAAAUUCAUUUGGGCUGAGUAGAGGAUGUCUACCUGACAUGAGUGUACAGCGAGGAAUAAAGGAGGACUCUAAGUUCCUAAUGGCUCAUUCAACUUUUAUAUUUAAAAAAUAAGUUAAGAUGAAUGAGGGAAAAUAUUAACACUUUAUGAAGGGCUGAAACCAGGUGGCUUGCACUUUGACUUGAUUUUUUUUUCUUUUGUUGUUAAAGUAUUAUUAAAAGCAACUUGUGGGAGUUAUUCAGUAAGGGCUAAGCAUCUAUCUAAUAGCUUUUCCAUGAGAUGGGGAAGACAAAGUAUUUUUUAAUAGAAGUAGGACAGGCACAACCAGAAUAUCUAUUGUAUUACUGUUCCACUAAAAUGGUAGUAAUGGAAAAAAAAUACCAACAACUCUUAGUUCUGUUCCAUUAUGCCUUCCAUGUAACUUUACUGCAGAGCUCAUGGAAGGCCAGUAAGCACUUAUUCUUCUUCCCUCAUUCUCAAGCAUAGGCUUUUUCAUUUUUUAAUCUCUUCAUGUAAGAGUGACACAGAAAGCUUUUUUUUUUUUAUGUUACAGUGCUUAUUUUCAUAAAACUGUCAUUGAAAAAGACAAAAGCAACCAUAAGAAAAAUCCUACUGAAUAAAUGCAAUUCUUUUUAAAUACCUUAAAUUUGUUUUUAGAAUAGCAAGGAUAUUGUUAAAUAUCUUUAUUUAAUCUUUAAUUUACAAGGUGAAGAUGUUUAUAUAACUAGAUGUUUUUCAGAUAUAUAUUCUGUUCUGCUUCUUAAAGCUGAAUUAUAUGGAUUAAUAGGGAAAGUGUAACUGUUCAUAAUUUUUUCUCUACAUAAAGGCUAAUAUGUACAGUUUUAAAAGUAUUUCCAAGUAUUAAAUUGUAAUUUAAAGGCUAUAAGAAGCAAGACAAAAUCCUUUAAGGAUAAAAGAUAAUCAGAUGUCAGAUUUUGCUUUUGGUAAUCAUUUGCACUUUGUUAAUUUCACAUAUUACAAGCCCACUUACAGCACACCUAGGGAAGACUGAGAGCUGUAUAUGUUUGAGUUCCCAGUUUAUCACACACAAAAACAUUAAUAGGAGUGGAGCUUGUGAAUGUGAGGAAAAAAAAAAAAAAGCUUAUUACUAUGAGCUCAAGACAUUAACUCAGUGGCUGCUUACAGCUGACUUUGGUCUGAACUUCAGUCAGCUCCAUAAGAGCACAUAAGCCCACUGUGUAUUUAAGAAAGAACUGCCUAGAAAGCUGAGCUCAGCUUCCAUUUCUACAGUUGAAAGCUUGCAUGAACAUGCUUAUUUUAGGCAUGUGCUUCCAUCCUGUUAAUUUGUACUUGGGGUUUUAAAUCUACCUACAGCUCUGUAGGUAGAUAAGUGAUACACUCUAGGAAAUAGAGAUGGACAGGAACAAAUAUUGUCACAUUUGGCUUCAGCUGCUGCACACUUCUUAUAGCAUUAAGAAAAAAUAAGAAAUGAUGCAUUUAUCAAUGGCCUAGUCUACUAAUUAUUUGUAUAUUAUUUUUGUGCCAAGGCACUUAAACAGAAUUGUACUGCACUUAAGUUUGAGGAGUAAAUAAAAUAUGUUCCACUUUAGCUUAUGGUGAUUUAAAAUAUAUAAGAACAUCAGGCUGGUUCUGAGGCUUCAUUCUUAAUUAAUGUUCCCCCAAUUUUUUAAUUUCCUAUGUCAAAUUUUAUUUCAAGCAUGUAUGUGUUUUACUUUUGUGUUUAAUUAAUUUAUUCCCUGCAAAUAAAGAACUAGGGAAUUUUUUUUGAGCAGGUUUGUUUAAAUGUUAUCAAAAAUAUUUGAAUGCAGAGCAUGAUCUGUUACACUUCAACUCUUCUGUGUGACUAUGUUAUGGCAGCAGAAUAAAACUGGAAAGUAUCCACAGGGCA